CAAAUAGAUAUAUAGAUAUAGACACCCAAGUACACACAAAGCGCACACAAGCAUAUUCGCACUGACAGUAAUAAGAAUAAGAGCAAUACUUUGGUAGUGAAAGUAAAAGUGCAAGUGCAAGUGCAAGUUACAAUAGUAAUAAUAAUAAUAAUAAUAAUGCCGCAAAAGAUCGAAAUGAUACACGCCUACAUAGUUGCUCUGUGGGCAAAAAUAGUCUACUUUAUUUCCCAGAACCUAUUGCGCUUCAUACUACCAGACCCUUACAUAGAAGCAGGCAACAUCAGAGUCAAUGAGAAACCAAUGUACGAAAGUAGGGUCACAAUGACCGAGAUCAUCUCUCCAGCCCAUGCCAAUCUCAAAGGUCUUGCUUAUGCUGGUACAAUCCUAGGUUGGAUUGAUAUCGCAGCCGGUCUAGCAGCAAAGCGUCACUCUGCCUCUCCAUCUGUUACUCGAUCUGUAGACGAUGUUGCCUUUCUACACCCUGUAAAAGUUGGAGAUAUUAUCACUAUCCAAGCAUCAGUCAACAAAUCAUGGAAUACAUCUAUGGAAGUUGGUGUAAAGGUCGAGGCAGAAUCACCUCUCACUGGCGAACGCUUCUUUGUGGCCCAUGCAUAUCUCACAUUUGUUGCCCUCUCUCCAAGACCCUCUCCACGCACCUUCCUCGGCCGAAAGCUCGCGGAAUUCCAUCCGACACACGUACCGACAAUCGUACCCUUGUCCGACAUGGAGAAGAAGCGGUUCGAAAUGGCCGAAACACGUCGAAAGGCCCGCCUGGAGAGAAAACUACCUGGUCAUGCCGGCAUCAGAGAACUUAUGCAUGCCUGGUCCCAGGGCCGCAAGGAACAUGCAGAUGACGAUGCUCCAAUCAUACCACAUCCCAUUCUCAACCAACUCCACCAUCACGACAACGAUUGCGACGAUGAAAGCCAAGCAGACAAAGAAGGAGAAUCGGAAAGCCAUGACCUGCGCUCUAGAGCCCUCAGUGCCCUCAAGAGAGUAAACCGGAGAUUCUCGUCUGAUCCAAGGAUGGUCCAGCCAAAAGAAAGAAGAAUGGAAAGGACCUUUACAGAAGUAGUAGAGCUGGUUAUGCCUCAGCACGCCAACACAUUGAGUAUCACAUUUGGCGGUCAGAUUAUGGCAUGGAUGGAAAUAUGCGCCAUAGCAAGUGCGAACCGCUUAGCAAGAGCAUAUCUCUUGACAGCAAGCAUUGAUUCUUUGACAUUUCUUAUUCCAACCCGUGUGGGUGAUGUGGUGACUAUCCGUGGUAUUGUUUCUCGCUCUUAUAAUUCUUCUAUGGAAGUAUAUGUCUCGGUUGAAUCAGAGAAUCUCAAGACAGGUGAAAGAAAAUUCACAAAUGAUGGAUUCUUCACUAUUGCCGCUAUCGAUGAUGCAUAUGUACCUGUAAAGGUAGCCAAGGCUAUUCCUCAAGCAGAGGCUGAAUAUGCUUUGUUUGAAGGCAGUUAUGAACGUCGGGCAAAACGUCUUGCUCAACGUACCGAACUUCUCCAGAUCAUCAAUUCAAAAACCCCUCCUAGAAGUCCAGUAGCACACCCAAUUGACAAGGCAGCAUUAGAAAGCAUUUUAUCUUCAGUAUCAAUCUAAAGCCUCUUUACUUUCUCUUUCCCUUUUUGAAUAUCUAUUAUAUAAUACAAAUACAAAUAUAUAUAUAUAUAUAUUU